CUCACGCUCGUCUGAUCUGCGAGAAGAGAAAUGGCGAGUCGUGACGCGCCGUAAUUGGUGAUCAACGCUUCAGUUGCGGCACCACGGUGAAUCUUCAAACAUAUCAUGUCGGCCCACAAACGCAAGUGGCAGGAUACCGAAGACUCUGACGAAGACGAGCCUUCGUUCGGCCGACAAAUUCUGCCUGUUGCCCGUCUCCCAGAGAAUUACAGCAAUGAACCUAUGGAUGGUAUGCAAUAUCUAUUCACAGUCAGACGCGAUGCUCGUCGCCUACCCAACGUCACACGCGUGGCGAACCCUUACGAAGUCCCAGCGCAUGCUCCUGUCAAACAGGAGCCGCCGGAAACGCCUCUCAUCACCCUGACCCUCCCCAGCGAAGAAUGGCGGUCCCAAUUUCUGAAGCACUUCCAAUACUUCCGAAAGAACAUUGUCCAACCAACCAACCAUGUCCAACUUGAGAUUGCUUCCUCACAGAAGCUCAUGCCUGACAAAAAGGAGCGCGACCUCUGGUGGAAGUUCCUUGCUGGUCGCCCCCACGACGAAUGGAAUCCAGCCAAGAGAUCUAAGAAGCAAAUGUCAGGUCAAAAGAAGGACCAAGCAGUUCGUCAUUUCCUUGAGGAGUCGUGGAUGCCUCAAGGAGAGGCCGGGACGGUUCCCCCUUCAGAAGUUUGGCAGAUAAACGGGGAGGGGGAGGCAGAGCUUGCGUUCAAGAACGACCCCAUGGACUCCUUACCAACGCCAAACGGCACCCCUCCGCCCCUGGAUGUUUCUGCAGGCAUCAUGUCUGAGACAAGGAGUACAUCGCCAACGAUGUCAGACCCAAGCCAGUGCCAUCAGCCCUCGGCCUUGACCCACGACACCCCUGAGAAGUUGGGAUUGUCUCCACCAGAACCAACGCAUGCCUUGCUCCGUCGUAUAGACCAUCGAAUAGCAGUCCAUCUACUCAUGUACUUUGCCCAUUGGAUCAAUCUACGACUGGAAAAACCAAAUGACCCGUCGACGAUUAUCACGCCAAGCCACGGUCGUUGGAUGUUUGCUCUCCUGGCAAAAAUUGACGACUAUGUGCAGGCCGAUGACAUGAGCCACCUUCGCAGCCUCGCCCGCGGCUGUAUAUCUCUGAUCAAAGAGAUGUUCUCCGCAGUUGAAACGUCCUCGGAGCACCCUGAACUUCUGACGGAAACCAUUGCGCAAACACCUCGGAAACAAAAAGGGGCCACAAUUGAUGAGGGGUCAUGCUGGAUGGUGUUUGCAGCAGUUGCUGGGGUUUGGGCUCAGAAAGACUUGUGGAUGGAUGUCGAGAGCUCGUUCAUAGAGAGGUCGUAAUAAAGGACAGCAUAGGCGACUGUGAGGUGCUCACUUUCCGUAUUGUACAAGACAAUGGUUGGCGACCGUCUAAACGAUCCCGGACAUCAUGAAACUUACCCGACGGCAGGCUUAUUCGCCGAGGAGUCGGCCAACUGCAUGCCAACGUCCCUGAAACCACUAGUGGCGAAUGCAUUCAUAUUGGAAUGCCCUAUCCGUGGGAAGCUUAGGGGGGUUUCGUGAUGUUUUUCGAAACCCUUAGGAGUUCUGGUUGGCCUUACUCCUCUUCACUCCUAUUGCUCGUGGAAGGUUUAAAGCUUGGCCUCUGAGCACUUCUCAGCCCUCACUACUUUCUACUUCCCCACACACACAAGCCAACGGAUCACGAUGUUCAAAGCCAUUGCUUUUGCUGUCGUUGCCUUCGCUGGAUCCUCGCUGGCUUACGAGGUGACUUCGCCCAGCCCAUCCCAGGGAUGGACAACAUCAGGUCCCAACAUCUUCAAGUGGCAGUGGGCUUCCACCGAUCCUUCCAACUUUACGGUCGUUCUUACAAACGCAAACAUUUCAAUCAUGCCUUUUAGUGAUGCAGUGCUGGCCACUGUUGUUGACACUACCCUUGGCCAGAUCAGCUGUGGCCCUCCUACUGGCGGGUGGCCGGCUGGCUCUGGAUUUAGGAUCAAUUUGACCCCUGACGACAUAAACAUCGACAUCGUUAUUGCACAAUCGGAUUAUUUCGACAUCUUUGAUUCAACCUCUACUCUCUCUAGACUCCCUACCGGGACUGUACCUAUCCCCGAUCCUUAUGCUACAGGAGCAUUGCCUACCAACAAUUCCCCGUAUCAGGAUGGUGGCUCGGCGGUGGAUGCGCCCUUUUUCAGUGCUGCUCGAUCAGUUGCAGGUGAAUGUCCCAGGGUGUUCACACUAGCUGCUGCCUCGCUUGCUCUACUCUUCUUAUCAUCGGUC